GCAUUCAUUCCUCAUGCUGUCUCUCAUUGGUAGAAUCCAUUGCGUCUUUCCCUCUUAAAGACGAAUCGAGGACAAAAGAAUUUCAGUCAAUUUCUGCCAGGGAAAUGAAGAUCUUUUAUUCUUUUGUCUAUCUGCUUGCGUUCACCCCCGCACAGCUGAAGGGGGCCACUAGCAAAGAAAAUGGUUUUCUUGAUAUCGCCGUCGAAGAUGUGCAAUGGGCCGCCGAAAAUGGAUUGCAAAGAGCCCAGUACAAGUACACCAUAGAAUUGGAAAAUAGUCUCCUCUCUGAAAAAUUGAUUGGAAACAAAAUUAAAUGCCCAGCUCAUAGAAAAGUAGAUAAAAAAAGUGGUGCUUCCAUUGACGAAUCUAUUCAGCAAUCAAUUCAAGCACUUGCAAUUGUUGAAGCAUCCAAAAACCUCAUGCAGAGAUUAAAUCUAAACGCAACAGAGGCUAGCCAAAUCUUAACUAAAGUGUCGUUGAAAAAUACGACUCUGGAAGGCGCCUGCUCCGAAACCAUCACGUGUCCAUCUCCUGCAUCCAAGUACAGGUCGUUUGAUGGCUCUUGCAAUAAUUUGGUGCAGGUGAAUUGGGGUCGUCGUAAUACCAUUUAUCGACGUUUAUUACCAGCUCAAUAUGGAAAUGGUAUUGAUUCACCUCGUCCGGCAACUGACGGAGGGGAAUUGUUUAAUCCACGUAAUAUCAGUUUAGCUAUCAUAGGAGACGAUGGUCCAACUUCGACUGACAUAACCCUACUCAUUACGUCUUUUGGCCAGUUUAUUACGCACGAUAUCACCAAUUCAGACGACUUUACUUUUGAAAAUGGGUCUAGCCCCGCCUGUUGCGAUAGCCAAGGACAAUUACUUCCACCUAAUGAAUUGCAUCCGCAAUGUUUACCUAUCGAAUUGUAUGAAGGAGAUGCAAAUUUCAAUGCCAGUGGCGACACUUGUAUGAGCUUUACUCGUUCAAAAGUGGGCGUAGAUUUGAGCUGUACCUUUGGUCUAGCCGAACAGUUGAACAGUAAUACUCACUAUCUUGAUGGUUCUCAAAUUUAUGGAAGCGAUGCUGACAUAUCAAACAGUCUACGCACGGCAGUCGAUGGAUUGUUAAAAUCUUUGGAUGUCGGUGGCCGUCAAUUGUUUCCUAUUACACCCGGCUGUGAAAAUCUACCCAAACGUGAACUAGCAGUUUGUUUCCAAGCAGGUGACAAUAGACUAGAGGAGAAUCCACAGCUCACUGCCGUCCAUUUGCUAUUUUUACGCGAACACAAUCGUAUCGCUAAAGAACUCAAAGCACUUAACCCACAAUGGAACGAUGAGAUUCUAUUCCAGGAGGCUCGUCGUAUUGUCAUUGCCCAGUUACAACACAUUACAUACAACGAAUACUUGCCUGUUAUUCUAGGCUCUCAAGUAAUGGUGGAUAGUGGUUUGGUAUUGCCUACUGGCGGUUAUGGAACUGGAUACGAUAGCAACGUCGAUCCUUCAAUAUCAAAUGAUUUUGCGGCUGCAGCAUUCCGGGUGAUGCAUUCCACCAUUCAAGGAACUAUUAGUUUGCUCAAUUCCGCUGAUGAAGAAGAAAUGGAAAGAAGCUUCACGUUGAGUCAGUAUUUCUUUAAUGCUUCUCAAUUGUUGAAAGAUCCCGGCUUCUUUGACUCGGCUCUGCGUGGCGUAACCAAACAACCACCUGAAGUUAUUGACGGACUAUACACCGACGAAGUGGCUGACAAUUUAUUCAUUGGUCAGAAAAAAUCCGGAGGCGAUUUGGUUGCCAUCGCAAUCCAGCGCGGUAGAGAGCACGGCAUCCCGAGCUACAACGAGUUCCGUGAAUUUUGUGGAAUGCCCAAAGUUCAAUCGUUUGACGAACUCAUCGACGAGUUUGUCCAAGAGGACAUUGAUCUGCUGAAGACUGCGUACCAAUCGGUGGACGAUAUCGACCUCUACAUCGGCUGCUUAUUUGAAACUCACGUAGAGUCAGAAUCACUUAUGGGACCGACAGCUCUUUGCAUCACAGCGGAGCAAUUCCAGAAAACUAAAAAUGGGGAUCGUUAUUUUUAUGAUAUCGGUGAUCAACCUAAUUCGUUUACACCAGAUCAACUCGAUCAAAUCCGCCAAUCGAGUUUAGCGCGUCUCAUGUGUGACAAUAACGACGGAUCAGUGACGACCAUGCAGCCAUUCGCCAUGAAAAGUCCAGUUGGAACGAACCAAAGAAUUCCGUGCACUUCCAUCCCGUCGAUGAACUUGACGUACUGGAAAGAAAUUUAAUGGCCAGCAACAAUUUCUGUUUUGGUUGUUAGACUACCUGCAUUGAAUUCUCUGCUUUUGCAUUUAUGUAGUUUUACCUUAUAGACGUACACCUUUAGUAAGAUAAGUUCGUCGAAACUUCGUCGGCCGAUUCUCAGUAAAAUGCUAACACAACA